AUUAAUAAAUUAUUACUACAAAUUAUAUUUUUUAUUAUAAAAUACUAUAUUAUUUUAUAUUUCGCAAGUUUAUCUUUUUAUUAUAUCUAAAAAAAAAUAUAUGAAAAUUUAUAACAAUGAGAUAAAUUAUUAAAAAAAUUGACUUUGAUUUUUAAUAAUAGCUGCUAAUAUACUAUGAAAAAGUUUAUUUGCAGUAAAGAUAAAAUAAACUUGAAAUGUGUUUUAUUAGGUGGUCAGUGUUUCAGAUGGAAAGAAACAGUACCUAAUGAAUAUGUGGGAGUUUAUGCUGAUGGCCUUUGGACAUUAGUGCAGUAUGAUGAUCAUAUUGCAUACAAACGUAAUCCACCUACUGAUUCUGAUGAAACAACAUUGUGCCAUUAUCUCAGGAUGGACGAAGAUUUGGAAAAAUACUAUGAAAUAUGGAGUCUAAAUGAUCCCAUAUUUAAAAAAAGUGCUCAAAAAUUCAAAGGAAUUCGAAUGUUAAGACAAGAGCCUAUUGAAAAUAUUUUGUCCUUUAUAUGUUCUUCCAAUAAUAAUAUUAUAAGAAUAUCUUCAAUGGUUGAAAAAAUGUGUAGCCUCUAUGGUAAAAAUAUAAUUGGAACCCAGUAUUAUGCUUUUCCUAGUAUUGAUAAAUUAGUUGGAAAUGAUGUUGAAGAAGAACUGAAGAAAGCAAAAUUUGGUUAUAGAGCUAAGUUUAUACGACAAACUGCUGAAAAAAUAGUUGAAUUUGGAGGGAAUAAAUGGAUAGAAAAGUUGAAAAAUAUGGACUACACUUGUGCCAAAAAAGAACUGAUGUUAUUGCCAGGAAUUGGACCUAAGGUAGCUGAUUGUAUUUGUUUAAUGUCUCUUGAACAUCUUGAAGCUGUUCCUGUUGAUACUCAUGUAUUUCAAAUUGCUCGUGACAAUUACUUACCACAUUUAAAAAAAUAUAAGAGCGUAACUGAUCGUGUUUAUAAUGAAAUAGGCGAUUACUUCAGAUCAUUAUUUAAAAUACAUGCAGGAUGGGCACAUACAGUUCUAUUUUUAGAUGAUCUUAAGAGUUUUAAGGAAUAUGAAGGUUAUUGCGAGGUAGAAGAAAACAUAAAAAAAUCAACGAAGAAGAAGAAGAUAUGUUGACAGUAUAUGUUCCUAUUUCAUAUUUUAAUACUGUAUUUUUUAUGUUUAGAUAAAUUAUUUAAAAAUAGAAAGUUGAUAUCAUCACACGUGUAA